GGGUAAAUCGACGCACCCGUUUUCCACUCACGUGACUUCAUUUGCAUCCGGGUCUCUGUUGGUAAGGCCACAGCAUAAAGGCCGGAAAACACGACUCCUAGGGUAAUAUAGGGUGAUCUUAUCUGACAACAUGUCAGACUCCAAGGAUGAUAAGGGCGAGGAGGAGAAGACUUAUGGAGGGUGUGAGGGACCUGAUGCUAUGUAUGUGAAGCUGGUGUCGUCCGACGGUCAUGAAUUCAUUGUCAAGAGAGAUCAUGCAUUGACAUCGGGAACCAUAAAGGCUAUGCUGAGUGGUCCAGGUCAAUUUGCGGAGAAUGAGACAAACGAAAUUAAUUUUAGGGAAAUCCCGUCACAUGUUCUACAGAAGGUGUGUAUGUAUUUUACAUACAAAGUACGAUACACCAACAGCUCCACAGAGAUACCCGAGUUCCCAAUAGCACCGGAAAUUGCUUUAGAGUUACUUAUGGCUGCCAACUUCUUAGAUUGUUGAACAAAAUCAAUAUUUAUAUUUACUUGGUUUGUUCCCAUUCUGUCAUUGGUGCCAAAGUUCAUGUAAUUUCAACAUGCAAAGACAAGUACACUUAAGAGAUCAAUAUGGCACUCCCUGAGUAUCUAUAGUUAUAUUUAAUAUUACUAAAAUUUGUGACUUGACGUUCGAAUAAUUGACCUUGGAAUUUUACUGUGUAUUCUAGAACUAAGGAGAUACUGAAUGAUAAGUAUAUUGUAAAAAAAAAAAAACAGUUCAGUUUCAUGUGGGAGUUUUAUUGUAUUAUGCAUUUUAUUCCUUAUUUGUGUAUUAAAAGUUAUAAAAAGCAGUUAAUUCGCUAUAGAAUGUCAUUAAGAUUUAUUUCCCUACAUUUGUGCGCUGUGAUGUUUGUAACUUUACAAGGAUUGUUUGAGCUUCUAUAUAAAGUAUCUGGGCAAUAGCAAGUGAUAGAUGGGUCCAUGUUGUUGUGUAUCAUUUCAGUGUUAUGACUCAUUUAGAUUUUUGUCAUUAAAUCCUUUCUAUUUAA